CUCCACGGCCGCCGUAGUGCAUCGGAAGCAGUAAACAGGAAGCCGGAGAAUCGUAGCCUUGGGUUGAAGAAGACCGAGAGUUCCUCGGGGACUCGCUCAGCUCCGGCCGUUAGAGCCACUUCCUCCUCCUCCCAGUCCUACGGAAGCUCUGCCAGAGGCUGCCACUUCAGCGAGCCGGGCCAUGGCCGAAUAUUCCUAUGUAAAGUCCACCAAACUCGUGCUCAAGGGCACUAAAGCCAAGAGUAAAAAGAAAAAGAGCAAAGAUAAGAAGAGAAAACGGGAAGAAGACGAGGAGACCCAACUUGAUAUUGUGGGAAUCUGGUGGACUGUAUCCAACUUUGGGGAGAUUUCAGGAACUAUUGCCAUUGAAAUGGAUAAAGGAGCCUAUAUCCAUGCACUGGACAAUGGACUGUUUACACUGGGAGCUCCACACAGAGAAGUUGAUGAAGGCCCCAGUCCUCCAGAGCAGUUUACUGCUGUCAAGUUGUCUGACUCCAGAAUUGCCCUGAAGUCUGGCUAUGGAAAAUAUCUUGGUAUAAAUUCAGAUGGACUUGUUGUUGGGCGUUCGGAUGCAAUUGGGCCCAGAGAACAAUGGGAACCAGUGUUUCAAGAUGGGAAGAUGGCUUUACUGGCCUCAAAUAGCUGCUUUAUUAGAUGUAAUGAAGCAGGCGAUAUAGAAGCAAAGAAUAAGACGGCAGGAGAAGAAGAAAUGAUAAAGAUCAGAUCCUGUGCGGAAAGAGAAACCAAGAAAAAGGAUGACAUCCCAGAAGAAGACAAGGGAAGUGUGAAGCAGUGUGAAAUCAACUAUGUAAAGAAAUUUCAGAGCUUCCAGGACCACAAACUCAAAAUAAGCAAAGAAGAUAGUAAAAUUCUUAAAAAGGCUCGGAAAGAUGGAUUUUUACAUGAGACACUUCUGGACAGGAGAGCCAAAUUGAAAGCUGACCGAUACUGCAAGUGACGUGGACAUUUUGUGUAGCUUUGGGUUUUUUUCUGUGGUUUUUUUUGUUGUUGUUGUUUCUUUCUUUCUUUGUCUCCUCCCUCCCUCUCUCUCUCUCUCUCUCUCUCUCUCUCUCUCUCUGAAUAAAAAUAUUUGAUAUAAGUGCUUUUACAGAGUUCUCGAGUCCUUUUGAAACUGUUGCUAAAUUUAGUUUCUGGUUUGACCUGGCUGGUCAUGGUUAACGUUGGCCCUUCACGGGAUUUACUUUUCAGGUAAGUGUACCCUCUUAAGGACUGCAGGACUCUUUAUUCUCUGAAUUCCUAUCAUGUUACUCCAGGACACACAUUCCCGGCGCUGUGGACUCUUGACUGCUGCUGCACUGCCUGUCUCUUCUCAGUCCAUGUUUGAUCCGUACAUUUAGAGGACGUUAGAAACUCUAUAAAGCUAAAACGAUGGAAGCUUGGGAAUGCUGAUUCUGCUGCUAGUGAAGGAGGCAGUGGUAUGAAUCAGCGCAGUUCAAGAGGGAGAGCCAGGUGUCGAGAGAAUAACCUCUCUGAAAUAGACUUUCAACUGGGCUGCUACCCGGAGGUGCUGCCCACAGUCAGGGUGGGCCUUCCCACAUCAGUCAAGGGAACCAGGACAGCUCUCAGGUUAUGUUCCAUGCCUCUUAAAAUCAAGACAGUAUCCUGUCUGUAAGCACAGUACCUAGUGUCCACUUUACACAGGAGCCCUUGCACCGAAUGGAGCCCACCUUAGCCCUCGCCCCAUAGCUGGGGAUUGCCUCGCACUGUUCUCCCACAUCUGAGUUAUAGACGGGAAGCCAGAUCUUACAUUCACUCCAGGCUUGGCUUUGUGAGGGACAGCAGGAAGGGUGCUAAUCAACCUAUUUCCACAUGGCAGCCGUCUGCCACAACCAGAAAUCAUCAAAACUAAAGUGCCUACAUUUCAAGGCUGUGAAAAUCUGCAGGCUAACAUAAUCAUCUGGUCUUUUCCUCUCUCCCAGCACAACAAAUAAAGCAAUAACUCAAAGUUACAGACUAAAAUGGCCUAGCCCACCUGUGGUUUAGUAUAGAUUCCCAGGAACCAUCCUUAGAUGCAAGGCUUAGCAAAUUGGGGUAUUAGACCCCAAUUCUACAUGCUAAGAAACUCCAAGUAAGUGUGAAGCAAGUGUUAGAAAGCACAUUGGUGGAGGGGGUGAAGAUGCUAAAAGAUGGAAAGAUUCCUCAUGUUGCAGGAUUGGCAGAAUUAAUACUAUAAAAAUUGCUUGUAUUAUCCCAUGCAAUCUAGGGAGUCAGUACAGUCCUCCUAAAAAUCCCUGUGAUAUUCUUCACAAAACUAGAAAAUGACAGUCACAAAUUUGUAUGAAAGCAUAAGACUGACUGUACUGCAGCCCUUGGCACUAUCACAAUACCCAGUCUCAUACUGCAGAGCCAUAGGAACACAACAGUAUGGUCCAGACACAGCGAAAGACUAUGCCAACAGAGAACAGAGCACUAGGAAUUAACAUGAGUACAUAUAGCCACCUACUUUUGACAAAGUCAUUAAAAACACUUGGAAAAAAUACUGCCUCUUUAAUAAAUGAUUCUGGGGAAACUGGAUUUCCACAUUUCACGUCAUUUGCCCUUAAUAAAAGUCAAAAAUGAAUUGAAGCUCAAAGACCUGAAACUGAAACCACUAAGGAAAACCACUUUAAAGAAUUUUUUGAAAAGGAUUCUAGUACCACAGGAAAUAACCCAAGAAUUGAUAAAUGGAAUUAUAUGAAAUGUGAAGUUCUGCAGAGCAAAGGGUCAAUCCCCUGUCCCUGUGAAGAGGGCUUACUGCGUGAGGGGAAAACAAAAAGCACAGCCAGCUGUACAUCAGACAGGCUUGAUGGCUACAAACACCUCAAAAAUGAUACAAGUCAUAUGUGGAGAAAAUGGAGUGACUACCUAAAUAGACAGUACUCAGAAGAACACUGCAGGUGGCAGGUACAUACUUGGAAAAUAUUCAACAGCCUGAACUAAUAGGGAAAUGCAAAUUAUAACAACUUUGAGAUUCCAUCUCCAGUAAAGCUUACCAUGAAGAAAGCGCACUGCAGACGAUGUGAGGAAAGAGGAGCCUUUAUACGCCAACGAUGGGCAUGCAGACUGAUGCAGCCACUUUAAGAAGUCAUGGGAUUAGUGGUUAAACACUCUUGUUGCCCUUGCACAGUACCUGGGUUUAUUCUCCAACAGCCACCCGCUGGCCAAGGACAAUCUGUAACUCCAGUUACAGAAGAUCUGACACCUGGCCUCUGGCCACUGUGCACACCUAAAAGGACAGACAGGCAUGCAAACAAAACACCUAUACCUAUAAAAAUGCACAUGCUGGGUGUGGCGGCAUACAUUGCCAGCAAAGGCAAAGGUUGGUGGAUCUCUGAGUUCUCUGCCAACUUUAUUUACAGAGGGAGUUCCAGCACACCAGAACUAGAGAGGGAAAUGCUAUCUCAAAGUAAUAAUUAACCUUUUAAAACACUAGUAUGGCGGUUCCUCAAGAAACUGAAAGUACAACUACCAUGAUUUGGCCAUGCCACUUAGUAUGCACUUGGUAUACCCCAGCAACUAAGCAACCUGCCAUGUAGACCAAUACCUUCACACCCAUGCUCAUUGCUUCAGUAUUCACAAUAGCCUGGAAGCUGAACCAGCCUGUGUACUCGUCAGGAGAUAAAACAUGGUACAAAAACACUAUGGAAUUUUAAACCGCCAUAUAAGAAAGUGAAGUCAUGACAUUUGCAAGAAAAUGGAUCCAAAUGGAAAUCCAUUUAAGUUUUGAAAUGAGUCAUAUUUGCACAAAUACUACAUGUUUUAAAAUGCUAGAUUUAAAUUUAGAAUUUUGUGUGUUUGAAGGGGGUGUCGUGAAACAUCAAUGAUUAUGAAAUGGGAGGAAGAGACCAUAAGGGAAGUGGAAAAUUAAUGGGAUACUUGUAAUAGGAAAGCAGAAAGUGGAGACUACUAGGGAUAGGAUGAGAAAGUACAAAGUAUAAUAAUACAUAUGAAAAUGCCAUGGUGAAACUGAUUCCUGUGCUAACCUAAAAAUUAAUUUUAAAAAAGAAAACCAUUUUGAAAACUACCAUUAAGACAUUAAAAGCCAGGCUCUGAUUUCAAAUACUUCCUUGGUAUUCAAGACUAUGCCUGCUGACUGGGUUUCCUGGAAUAAACAUUCCAUCUGUCUGCCCUUCUGUAUAUAAAUAGUGUGUUGUUGGGCCCUUUGACAAACUUGAUCCUCCAUUUUCCUACCCUUAUUACAAUAAGUAGACCUAAAUACAGGUUCUGAGAAGAUAAAAAUUUAUACUAUAUUAGAGAGUAAAUAUACCAGUGAGUGUGGGCAACAAAUGUAGAUGAGAUAUGCCUGGUUAUCUAUAUCAGUGCUGCUAGAAUAGGAAAGUCAGUCUGGGAGAGUGAGUGGCAUAGGUUAAAUCAAGUGUCAGAGAGCACUAGCCUAUCACACAUGCCCAAGGGCAAAGAUUCAGCCCCUACUUGUAGUGUGGAAUGAAGGCAUUUAAGUGGUCCCUUGGUGCAUUUCACAUCUCAGGUUAUUGUGAGGGAUCCCAUUUAAAGCAUUACAGAAAUCCCUGACUAAGUACUGUCCUAGAGCUGUAACCUUACUAGAAAUAAGAUAAGACACUGACCUGAGAAACACUGCUCACAUUUUUCAAAUGAGGUUAUAUCUAGUCUGAAUUUCUAGAAAGUCAUUUGGGGUAUAAAGACUUACUUCUUAGAGGAAGCAUAUUUGUAAUAUAAAAUAUUUCUAUUGAAAAUAAUACUUUACUCUGAAAUCUUUACAACUACUAAGUAUUAAAUGUUUAAAAAAAGAAAAAAAGAAAAAAAAACAGGUACCUGAAAUCCCAGCACUUGAGAGGUUGAGCCAGAAGGAUCAGAAUUCAGUCUGGGUUAUAUGAGAUUCUUAUCUCAAGCAAAACAAAACCAUCAAAUAUUUAGUUACUUAUUAAGAUUGUUUCUACUUUUAACCCUUUAGGGUCUCGACAAGGUCUCAAAUAACUCAGCUAAACUCAUAUUUGCUAUGUAGCAGAGGUUGGUCUUGAAUUCCUAACCUUCUGCUUCUACUUCCCAAGUACUGGGGCUGGGUUGCAGUCACGUGCCCCCAUGCCUGACUUACAGCGUCUUACUUAAACUGAAGUCACUGGGACUGAAGAUGUGAGCUAGUGAGAGGGAUAAGGGUUAGGUUUCAGGUUGCUGUGGGGGAGCAUUGCCGAGAUGCUGUGGUGAUGGGGGUGUGUGGAACCCAUCCUGACAGACAAGGACAGUAAGGUGUGUCAAAACCAGUAUUUGGAAUCCUAUAUGAUUCUCCAACUUUGAGUGCAUAGGAAUGAAAGUUGAACUCAACACUAGAAAAAAAUCAGAAGGGGCAUUAUGUAGAGGGGGUAUAGAGGAGUGGUUUUUCCAAAGGAUUUCUUUAGGAAACUUAUGUUCUGUUUGUUCUUCUGGAAAUAGAUUGUUCUUCCUGCCUGUUUUCCAUGUGGCUGGCAUCAGAGGUCUAAGAGUCUAUUAUUAUUCUUUCUGUAGUCUGUCCCUACCCCUCUGUAACUGUACUCAGGAGCUGAAAGGAAUCAUACUCAUAGCCCCUCUAUUUCAUUGCUUAGUGUCACACACCAAUACUAAAUGCAGUGGCAUUUUCUUUUCUGGGAUUCUCAUGCCAAGUCAAACUCUAGAGAUAAGGAAGUUUUCACACCAGGUCUUCCAUCCCCAGCAGUAUGGUAGGUUUCAUACCAUGUAUGACACUGUGCUGGCUAGUUUUGUCAACUUGAUACAAGUUAGAAUCUCUGGAAAGGAAGGCACCUCAAUUGAGAAAAUGCCUCUCUGAGAUCAGGCUGUAAGGCUUUUUCUUAAUUAGUGAUUGAUGGAGGUUGGGGGAGGCAGCUCAUUGUGAGUGGUGCCACCCGUGGACCAGUGGCCCUAGUUUCUAUAAGAAAGCAGGCUGAGCAAGCCAGUAAGCAGCACUCCUUCAUGGUUUCUGCAUCUGUUCCUGCCUCCAAGUUCCUGCCCUGAUUAAAUUCCUGCUGUGACUUCCUUCAGUAAUGAACAGUGCUGUGGAAGUAUAAACUGAGUGAGUCUUUUCCUCCCCAAGUUGCUUUUGGUAAUGGUGUUUCAUCACAGCAACAAUAACCCUAAGACACACUUCCUAUUCAAACAACUAGUCUAUUGGGAUUAAGUGUUUACAUAUAUCUGGCACCAAAGCAUAGAAUGUAUAGAAUGUAUAGAGCCCAGAAAGAUAACAGGAAUCCUUAGGGAUGAAUGAACACUAGGCAAGAUUACACCGGAGAGCCCCACCCAACACUGGGUUACUUGAAACAUUAAAAAAAGAAAUACCAGAGAUAUUUCUAAAGAGAAUCAGUGAGUAUAAUGGCUACAUUUCUGGGAAACCAUGAAUAGGAUAAGCUCCAUAAGCAAUUCAAUCAUAUGCCUAAACCAAGUCCCAUAUUUAAGAGGCUGAAGAGAAAGAGUUCAUGAACCUAUAACAUGAGCCUGAGGAACACAGUAAUACAAUGUCAACAAAACAAAGAGAACAUUUAAAGUUUCCUGGCUUAUGCUAAGAAUAUGUAUGACUCAGUGGGAGAUCCUGUGAUGACUUCCAAGCCAAAGAAGCAUGGAGAAAAUAACGAGAAUGCCUGAUAUAUAUCCUAUUAAAGUAUAGAUAAGAGAUGUGAAAGAAACAGUAGAGAUAGCAGCUAGGAAUUUUUCAAAAAACAAAUCAUGGCAUACCAGAGAAAUCCAAAUACAAACAUCACAUAUAUACAUUAUGGGAAAACAAUUUACUCGAAUGUUAAAGUCAGAAAAUGGUAAUAAUAGGAAAAUUUUAGCAGUUUAGGUGGCUGUUGGAUUUUUGCCAAGAACCAGGAAUCUAAAGGAGAGCAAGAGUAUCAUCUGUAAGUUGAGAGAAAACAGUUGUCAAACCAAGUGUCUCCACUUUAUGAGAUUGUUUCCCAUUUCCAGGAAAAGACUGAAAUAAUCCACACUAGAUAGUUACUGACAACCCUGCUGAUUAGACUUUUACAUUUUCCCAGUCCUUUAUUAAUGUCCAAACUAGAGCAGGCUCACCUCUGGAAAGUCUCGGCAUGCUUACACUCAGGGGUACAAUGUUUUUAAGGACAAACUAUAAUUACAUCAGUGCUGGGGAUGGGUGCAGUCUAUAGUGAGGAUCUAGAGUUGCCUCGUAACUUCUGCUUUCUUUGCAAGACUCAGUGGUAUCUUCCAGACCUUCUGGAAUAUGUUUGGACCAUAGUCAAGAUCAUGGACAAUCCCAGAAGUGUUGCCAAAGUGGCUGUGGCAUUGGGGGUAGAAGGCUAGAAAGUGAUCAGGCAGGCACAAAAUAACAUUGGAACAAGAUGUCUUAGUUGAUCCAAGAUUUAAAAAGGAGAGAGAGAGUUAAAGCAAAAGACUAGAAAAGAAGAAAAGAUGUAAAAAGAAAAACUAUCAAUUAGUUAAAAGUAUGGGCUAGGAGUAUGUGGGGGUUGGGAAAAGUCAUGAAGAUUGGAGCAGAAGACCAACCAGAGUUAUAUGAGUUCCAGGUCAGCUGCAGGUUUAUAGUAAAACCCCAUCUCAGUAUACCAAGAAGAAAAGAGAAAAGGCAAGGAAAUAAUAAAUAAAGCCUAGGGAGAAAGAAAAUGGUCUCAGAAGUCAGGUUAGAGAUAGGAAAAAAUCCUUUUAAAAUAGUGGUAAAGCUAAGUAAAACUGCUUAUAUAUAAAAGAAUAAUAACGCUUCAUUUAUAGAAGGGUAUAAACACUUAAGUACUGUAUGAAAAACCAACCAACCCCUGGUGAAGUGCUUGCUUUGUAAGCAUAAGGAUCUCCCAGAACCCGCGUGAGAACAGCUGGGCAUUGCCAGUGUUGUAUCUGAUUGUAACUUCUCAAAGUGAGCACCAGACAUAUUACAGAAGAAAAACAAGAAAGCUAGGCAUACAUCAGCCAUGAGAUGCAUAAUGGUCCUUUACACAAAACAAAGAAAAUGGAUACAUAAAAAGCUGCAGGAGCCAGGCAGUGUUUUACAACUGAGAUAGGAACAGCCCUAUGUAAAACCAGCUAUUCACAGGAGCCAGGUGAAAGGUCUGGUGCAAUGCUAGUCUAUUGUUAAACCCACCACCAGGGCUCCCAUAGUAAAUACCUAAUUAUGCUAUUCUUCUGAGCCUAGUGAAAAACAUGUACCAGGGGAAUUCUGUUCUACCAACCCUUUCAUGAGUACCAACCCUUCAGCUCCUCCUAAAACCACAACCCACCUUCUUUCUACUGUCAUGUAAUGUAGGCUGCCAUUCUGUCUGCAAUGAGAAUUUUAAGUUUACUAUUUUGAACUAGCCCUGAGAAUACUAACUUAUCCGGCAAACUGUGAGAUGCCUGAUUUCUAACUGUCAACUCUGGGGCAUUUCUGGAGCAUUUCGUCUGGAUGGAUAACAUUCUUACGAAAUUCCAAGCCCCAGGUCAGCUCAAGGACUGCCUAGGACGUUGGUGAAGGCCAGGGAGUAAAGUUCAACCUGAUUUAGGUAUCUGUAAAAUCAUCUUGGAGGCACCUAUGACAAUACUGAAAGAAAGCACACAGAUCCAUUCACUGACUAACAGGUUUGGAGCAUUUGUGCCAAGGUUCCAGGAGACUGAGUUUCCCUGAAACAAUUUGCUUCUGGACUUCGUCCAAGCUUUUGGGCCUGUCAUGCAGUCUUUACUGGAGUGGGUGUGGCGGGGCAUUCUGAGUGGACUCAGGCAGAUCCCUAGAGUCCCCUGACCAGCCAGCCACCCUAGCCUACUUGUUGGGUACCAGGCCAAUGGGAAAGCCUGUCUCAAAAUAGCAUCUGAGGAAUGACCCUCAAGAUUGCCCCAUGGUUUCUACAUACAUGUACACACACAAGACAUGUACUAGCACACAUAAUGUGCA